AUGCACCGCCUCGCCCGCCCCGUACGGCCCACCCACCUCCCCGUCGGCGGUUCCUCUCCCGCCCUCUUCUCCUCCACCUCCCGCGCCGCCGCCCUCGCCUCGUCGACCUCGUUCGCCAGCGCCUACCCCAAGUCCUGCCUCCGCAGCGGCACGAAACGCAUCUCCAAGUUUCAGCAGCACCAGCUCGCGCCCCGCCUCUCGGUGAGCUUUGCCCGAACCGCGACGACCUACAGCUCCAAGCAGCAGCAGCAGCAGCAAAGCCUCGAGGAGGCCGCCGCCGAGGCCGAGGCCGACUACGUCUCCUCCGCUAGCUCGCCGACGCUCGUGAGCGACCUUUCCGAUGCCUCGACGUACGUUGACUCGCCGCUCGGUUCCCCCUACGCCACCGAGUGGGGUGUGGAUUGGUCCACCUCGUUCCAGGGCAUCGGCGCCGCGCCCUUUUCCGCUGAAAUUUCCGAAGUCCUUAGGCGGCCGAUAAAGACGGAGGACGUCGAGAUCAAGCCCGACGGCAUCCUGUACCUCCCCGAGAUCAAGUACAGAAACAUACUCUUCGAUGCUUUUGGUCCUGGUGGCUGGGGCAUGGUUCCUAGGGGCCCUGUGCAGGUCGGUGCCAAGAUCGUCACCCGCGAGUGGGCCCUAAUCGCUCAGGGACGGCGAAAACACCUACUUCAGCAAGGAGCAGAUCCCCGCGCCGUCGAGGCCUGCAAAUCCAACGCCCUCAUGCGCUGCUGCAAAGAUCUCGGCGUCGCCUCCGAGCUUUGGGACCGCACCUUUAUCCGCUCCUACAAGGCCGCCCACGCACAGGAGCUCUGGGUCGAGCAUGUCGUCAACAAACGCCGCAUCAAGAUUUGGAUCAAGAAGGGCGACAAGGUCGAGUACCCCUUCAAGGCUGCCGGACCCCCUUCUGCCUCUGCCAGGUCGGCUUAA